UCUCAACUCUCAACCAGAUUCCAAAAUACGACGACCACUCCGAAUAACAGCACACGCAACAUACCGACAUAGGUAUUUUAUACAUUCGCAACAACUAUAACCGGUAGAACACCUUGCUAUACUUUAUCCAAAGCGCAAGCGAUCUUGCCUAUCCAUUUCAAGGGCCGAACGGAUCGAAUAAAUCCGUAAAGACGAAAAGGAAAGAAAAUACACAACCGUCAAGAUGCAUCUCAUGUACACCAUGGACGAGAGCGGCAAGCGCAUCUACACCCUGAAGAAGGUCCUGAACGGCGAGGUCACCAAGUCGGCGCACCCGGCACGAUUCUCUCCCGACGACAAGUGGUCGCGCCAGCGCGUCACCCUCAAGAGGCGCUUCGGCCUGCUAUUGACACAGCAGAAGAACAAGGUUGCUGAGAACUCGCGGUGAAGCACUGUACACCCCCUAUAGUGAUGUGAAUAAAAUAUCAAAAUCGGCAAACUGAGAUCUAAAAGAUUUGGUUCGGCUAUUCGAGGUUGCAAAUAUAGUCCUGCAUCGGACUGGCGUUCAUGGCGUGUGAUUCGGAAAGAAAGGCAAUCGACUUUCGGGAUUAUGGACUACCUACGACAAGCCAUCUGCCCGAUGCCGUCCUGCGUAUGGGUAGCUGGGCCUUGCAAAUUCUAUUAUACCAGUUGGUGUUCUCAAUAUGGAGUCUUAACUCAAUUUCUUCGUAUUUGAUGGAUAUUUGGAGGUGUGUGAAUGAAUACGGUAACCUAACCUACGCCAGCAAGGACACCAGAUACGAUAGUCAAGCAAUCUUGUCUUAAUGAACUGUUUUAGCA